CUAGAGCGUCCGGGUAGAGUGCGGCUAGGGAGGGACAAACUGCCCCUGAUGUGUUUGCAGUCUGGUUACCAGGUUAGCGUUUGGCUGCAUCUGCACUAUGUCCACCUUCGAGAAGCCUCAGAUCAUUGUCCACAUUCAAAAGGGACUGAACUACACAGUGUUCGACUGCAAAUGGGUGCCCUGCAGUGCCAAAUUCGUGACGAUGGGCAACUUCGCCCGAGGCACCGGAGUUAUCCAGGUGUAUGAGAUCCAGCGCGGGGACCUCAAGCUGCUGCGGGAGAUUGAAAAGGCUAAGCCCAUUAAAUGUGGAACAUUUGGUGCGGCAUCUUUGCAGCAGAGAUUCUUAGCUACUGGAGAUUUUGAUGGAAAUCUUCAUAUUUGGAAUUUGGAAGCUCCAGAGAUGCCAGUGUAUUCUGUAAAGGGUCACAAAGAAAUCAUAAAUACCAUAGAUGGCAUUGGUGGACUUGGAAUUGGGGAAGGAGCACCUGAAAUCGUGACUGGCAGCCGAGAUGGAACUGUAAAGGUGUGGGACCCGAGGCAGAAAGAGGAUCCUGUCGCUAACAUGGAGCCUGCACAAGGAGAAAACAAGAGAGACUGUUGGACUGUGGCAUUUGGCAAUGCUUAUAAUCAAGAAGAGCGUGUUGUCUGCGCUGGCUAUGACAAUGGGGACAUCAAGCUGUUUGAUCUUAGAAACAUGUCACUGCGGUGGGAGACAAACAUUAAAAAUGGGGUGUGCAGCUUGGAGUUCGACAGAAAGGACAUAAGUAUGAAUAAGUUAGUUGCUACGUCUCUGGAAGGGAAGUUUCAUGUCUUCGACAUGAGAACACAGCAUCCUACAAAAGGUUUUGCCUCUGUUACAGAAAAGGCCCAUAAGUCCACCGUAUGGCAAGUCCGGCACCUGCCACAAAACCGGGAGCUCUUUCUCACAACUGGAGGCGCCGGGAGUCUUCACCUCUGGAAGUAUGAAUACCCCACUCAGCGCUCAAAGAAAGAUUCGGAGGGCUUGGAGAUGGGAGUCGCAGGUUCCGUCAGCCUCCUGCAGAACGUGACCGUGUCUACUCAGCCCGUGUCGAGCUUGGACUGGAGUCCUGACAAACGGGGGCUCUGCGUCUGUGGUUCCUUUGACCAGGCGGUGCGCGUGCUGAUAGUGACGAAGCUCCAGACCAUUUGACCCAAGCCUUGGACGGAAAAGGUCCAGAGAGUUCCGCGCAGAGUUCGAGCUAUUCUGCAGCCUCUGGCCUCACCGAUGACGGCUGAAGUGCAGUGAUGAAUUCAGGCAGCCACGGGCGCAAGGCCGGCCAGCCUCCGGCGUCUGCGGGCAUCCGGCGGCUGACCAGCAUGCCAUGCCGCUGCAUGUGAAGGUGCCACACACCAGGACCAGCUGGGUUCCUUUCUCCAUGUCUCUACUCAGAAAAAUUAGAGCCAGGAGUUGUGGUAUUUGCUCGUGGUGCCAGCUACUUUAACAAGCUGAGGCAGGAGGAUCAGUAUAUAUAUAUAGCCUGUAAGAUCAAGACUAGCUUGGGCAGCAUGCCUUUAAAUACGGUUGGAUGCUGGCACUGAGGAGAUGGCUCACUGAGGAGAAUGUAGGAGUUCUUGCUGAGGACCCAACUUUGGUUCCUAGUAGCCAUAUCAGCUGGCUUCCAACCCCUGAAACUCCAGGGGUAUCUCAGACCAUCUUCUGGCUGUACUGGGCAGUGGUACUCACAGACACAUGCACAUUCUUAGAAAUUAAAAAAUAAGUUGUAUUUAAAUUUAAAAAAAAAAUGUUUAAAGCCAAAGUCAGUAGUUGUUAUUUCACUGUGUUUUAAGUUGGUUAGCUCUAUGCUCUCUCCGUACAUUUUGCUUCCACUGGGGAUUACUCCCCUUGGUCUGUAAAAUGCCAGGAGAACUCGGUUCAACUGGCCAGCCUGGGAAACUGUUUUCGGCAGCGUAACUGGUAAAAUACUGUGACUUCCUUCCUACUCUCUCUCCUUUACUCGGAUACAGACCUUGGAUGUCUUUUGACUGUGGUAAGUGAUGACGCACCAUUGACGAUUAGAGUGAUUUUUUUUUUUAAAUCCUUUUGUCAAACCUUUAAAAUAUAUUUUUAAAAUAAACAGGUUUUUAGAAUA